CCCCGUGAUGCAAAACUAAUAUCUCUUAUUUUGCAGGCAGCUGAAGUUGAUGACUAUGAACCAAGAAUCAUUCCACAACUACUCGAGUUUGCACAUAGAUAUGUACAGGAUGUAUUGCAAGAUUCGCAAGUCUUUGCUGAUCAUGCGGGUCACAAGGAUCUAGAAGUGGAUGAUAUUCGACUGGCUAUUGAAAGUCGAGUAGCGCAUUCAUUCACUGGACCACCUUCUCGAGAAACUAUGAUGGAACUGGCUGAAAAGAAAAACUGCAUUCCACUACCUUUGAUUCCAGAAAAGUUUGGACUCCGUCUUCCCCCUGAACGUAACACACUCACCAAGGCAAACUUUCAAAUUGUACCAAAGGUAAGC